AGCACGCGAAUCUAGCCGCCCUGUAACCGAGUCUGGCGAAGACGACCGACCGCUCCCUCCGUAAGUCCGUCAGGACGAACGAAUUAUUUAACGGGAAAGAAAAUUUUCGACGAGCUAAAGACGGGCCCGCGAACGGAGUCGUAUAUGGAGGUAAGGAGCGGUAAACGGCCGUUUGAGCGUGUCGAAUCACGCAAAGUGAACUGAAAAGUGAAGUGGCCUCGGCGAAGUUGUGGAUCUAAAAACGCGGAGAAGAGUGCGAGCGAGAAAGGAGGAGAGGAGAAAGAGAAGAAGAAACGGUGCGAAGUGGUUAUAAGGUUCUCGGGUGUAGUCGUGCGUGUUUUCGGGCGAUGUCUGUCGAGAGCCGUUCGAGCUCGGCCCUGUUUAAAAGGGCUGAACAGCUGAAACGAUGGGAACAGUCCGAGACGAAUCGCGAACCGGCUCAGCCGCGUCAAGUCGCGCGUAAAAUCAAGUUUUCAGCGGAUUGCGUGUUCCUGGCGGCGUGCGCGGCGGGCGACAAGGAGGAGGUCGUGCGUUUACUUCAAAAGGGGGCGGAUAUCAACACCGGAAACGUUGACGGUCUCACGGCGUUACACCAGGCAUGCAUCAAUGAUGAUUUGGAUAUGGUCGAAUUUUUAGUAGAGAAGGGUGCUGAUAUAAAUUGUGGUGACAAUGAAGGAUGGACACCGCUACAUGCAACUGCAUCUUGCGGGUUUAUAUCUAUUGCUAAAUAUUUAAUAGAAAAAGGAUGUAAUUUGGCAGCAGUUAACAAUGAUGGCGAAUUGGCUCUUGAUAUUGCAGAAAAUAAUGAAAUGGAAAAUAUGCUACAACAACAUAUAGAUAAUGCAGGCAUAGACUGUGAUCAAGCUAGAAGUGAAGAAGAGAGGUCAAUGUUAAGUCAUGCUAGGUCAUGGCGGUCAGGAGCACCAGGUAAAGAUUCGAUUCAUCCCAAAUCAGGAGCUACUGCAUUACACGUUGCAGCAGCUAAAGGCUACAUUAAAGUUAUGGACAUCUUACUACAGGCUAGAUGCGAUGUUAAUGCUCAGGAUUUCGACGGUUGGACACCUUUACACGCCGCAGCGCAUUGGGGACAAUUGCAAGCUUGCGAACUUUUAGUGGAAAAUUUUUGUAAUAUGGACAUUAAGAACUAUGCUGAUCAAACUGCAUUUGAUAUUGCCGACACGGAGAUAUUACCGGCGUUGAAGGAACUGAAAGAAAAGCAACAAGACUUAAUGAAAGAUCAUCCGCAAAUUAUUAACAAAAAGCAAUCAACUAUACCAAAGAAACGCGUAUCGACGAGUAACGAAAACACUUUAGCUAUGCAAGAAUCUGUGGAAACCUUUGAAGAAGAAACUCCGAAUAAAGUUAAAAAGGUUGAAUUAGAGAUUCAGUCCGAUAAAGAAGAUUCUAGUACGGGAACGAAUAGCGAUGUUGAAGCGACACGUGAAACAGAUAUGGAAGAGAGUGAUGGUGAAGGUGAAUCUGAGACUAGCUCAGAAUCACAUUCUUCCACUUACUCCAAUCAAUCUGAUAAGUCUAACGAAUCAAACCACUCUCCAUGUCUUACAGAUGAUGAAAAGAAAAAUAGAGCGAAUAGAGAAGAAACAACACCGCUUAAUUCAUCAUCUCCUACAGAUGUUAGUAAAGUUCCUAAUCAGGCUCCGGUAAUGCCUCCAAAACAACAGACUGAUAGUAACGAAGAAGGAGCCGUACCAUCUUGGCGGCGGUCAGGCUCUUUUAGAAAUAGGAUUCAAAAUACGGAAGCAACGAAUUCUCUAUCUACGAGGCUUGAAGAAAAGGAUAAAAAUAUCAAAUCACCGACCAUGUCAAACAAACUGAAUACAGAACCUGACGUGGUGUUGACUAGAACGCAUAGUUUCGAAACGGACGAGAAGUUCUAUGAGCAGUACUUGGCAUUACGAGCUCGCAUCAAGGCGCUUUCCUGCCCUACUCUCCAUUGCUGCAACGCAGCUACUCCUACUCACACCAAUACUACGACUCGCUCUGCAUCUCUACGCGAAACUCACAGAAGAAAAGAAGCAAAAUUAAACUUGGAACUGUCAAGACUGCCACAGGGAAGCAAUACACUUUCACCAACAUCUACAUCUAAAACAAUAGUGUCAAGUACACUGCCAACUACUACAGCUACAGCUACUACAACUGCCACAACAACAACUACAACAAGUCCUAUUCCAGCCAAUCAAGUUCGCAGUGUUCAACCAGUGGAAGCUACAACCACAGUUCUAUCGAGUGCAAACAAUUCGGUAGCAGUUCCUGGAACUCCCACUACCCCAGGAGGGAGCAAGCUAAGUCCAGGAAAUAUCUUCAAGACUUUCUUCAAAUCUUUCGUCCCUCCAGUUCGCGACGAAGAAAGCGAAACACAAAGAAAAGCACACGCCAAGAGAGUAAGAGAAACGCGACGCUCGACUCAGGGUGUGACUUUAGAUGAAAUAAAAAGUGCAGAACAACUGGUUAAAAAAAAGCAACAAAAUAAUGAAAUUCCUUCUACGGUAUCUUCUACACAGCCUACAACCACUACCAGCAAUACAGCCUCGAUUACAGCUACAAUAACAACAGCAACUCCUACUACUGUGACUGCAAAUAAACCCUCUGAAGAAAUUAACUUACCCGAGAGGCGGCCUUCUUGGAGGCUGAAGGUAGAUAACGGAAGCAAGUUUCAGUUAGAAGAUGCUAAUAACAAGACCCCACCGCUAUCUAACCCAGAUACUACCACAGCAUAUAUGAGAAGACCUUCCGCAGGCACGAGUGUACCUAGACCGUCGUCAGCUCCGGUUGAAACUAUUGCGACAAGCAGCGCAGAGACAACCGUAACAUUACCACUUAGACGAUCAUUGAAACAACCCGAAGAUAAAGAACAAGAUAAGGAGAACGAUAGCAGAAAUGCACAAGCUACACAGGCUGUUAUACAAAGGAGGCGGAGGCCUAAGAGGAGAUCCACGGGCGUUGUCCACGUUGAUAUGGACGAAAUCGACCCUGAAAAGCAAGACUUAACCGCCGGUGGUGAUUGCGACGACACCAAAAUUAACCAUAACGAAAGUGGAAAUGAUCGUUCGGGAAGAUCCAACAGGCUAGGAUCGGUAUCUUCGCUAUCGUCAGAAGCACCUUCCAUGUCAGUUAGAGUAAAAUCAACAACAUCUGAAAACGGCGAAUUAGAUUAUAAAAAGUUGUACGAAGAAUCUCAAGCGGAAAACGAAAGGCUUAAAGAAAAACUCAAGCGAUCGGAUGAACAGUUAAAGGAAGCCAGAAAUUUAUUGGACAAAGCACAAAGUGCCCAAAAUAAAACGGUUCUGUCCGAAGCUGAGAAAAGGGAAAGGAGAGCGAUGGAAAGGAAGUUGUCAGAAAUGGAAGAAGAAUUGAAGCAAUUACAAAAGCUCAAAGCUGAAAAUGAGAGAUUGAAAGCCGAAAAUCGGGCACUUACCCGCGUCGUAUCCAAACUCACCAAUACUACUAAAUAGGUGAUGGACCAAUUAAAAUGCGAAAACCAGAGGCUAAAAGAUGAAAACGGUGCCUUGAUCAGAGUAAUCAGCAAAUUAUCCAAAUAACUCCGGCGAUCAUAAAAAGAUGGCCGCAUAGCGUUUCUUAUGUUGCAUUAAAAUUGCAUUGAAUGAAUUGUUUUAGCUACAAAGUAUCAUGAUCAUUAUUGCUAGUAUUCUUGCAAUGUAUAUUACAUCAUCACAUUAUUGAUGAAUUUAUUCUUAUGCUAGUAAUUUAAUUUAUUAUCAUGCCAAUUACUCGCGUGGCUGUGCCAAGAGCGAAAAGAGACAUUGCUCCUAUUCCUACAAUUGUGAAUAGUUUACCAUAAAGGACCUAGAAUUUUUACUUUCUCACAUUUAACUCUUCCUGUUGAAGAUAAAUUUCAUGGUUCAUUUUAGAGCCGACGCUUUAUGAAGCAAAAUGUACUUUAUUCAAAUUGAUGAAAGAAAAACAAAUGUUCUUUAUGACAAUUUUCUUUCUUUUUUUUUUUUUUUAAACAAAUCACGUUAUUAAUGUUGACUCUUUGUAAGGACAUUUUGUAAAUAUGUAAUAGGUAAAAUGAUAAUGUGGCAUUUUAGAAGUAAAUAAGAAGAAAUUUUUUACUUAUGAAAAACACACAUCAGAAAUAUAUAUCAAAUUUAUUGUAUAAACUUGUUUCCAUAAUUGUAAUGCAGGCUAAAGCAUUCGUAACGUAUUACAAGAUUACGUAGAACAAUAAAAAAAGAGUGAAUUAAGAGUGAAUCAAGAUGACUUUCAUGCUAUUCAAGUGGCCUUUCCUGGAAGACUGCACUUUAUAAUCCUUCCGUCAUUGCCGUUUUUGCAGUAAAGUAAAAAUUCUUGUACGAAACAAUGUAUAUUUUAAUAUUCUUUUGCAAUUCGUUGUAAACAAAGUAUAAUUCGAACGAUCAAAACAGUUUAAUACUUGCGAAGCGCUAAAGCUAAUAUAUAGUUUCUAAUAACUAGUGUCAACUGUGGAAUGGAAACUGUGUUAUUACUUUUAAUAAUUGAUUUAGUGUAUCGGAUUGGAAAACAAAUGUUUCUUACUUUUUAGAUAGCGAUAUUUGUAAUGAAGUUUUAGUUUUGAUAAAAAUUAAAUGUUUUAUAGGUAACGAAGAAAGGAACAAAUGACAACGUAUAGGUGACAUGUUUUUUAACGAUGUUGUAAAGAAUUGUAAAAAGAUAAGUUGAAAUAAUUAUUUCAUAACGACGUUUGUUACAGAAUAACGAUUUUGUGUAACUGUUUAGUAUAUAGAUACUUUCAUUGUAUUAUAUAAUAGCAAUAUCUAUGUGCUUACUGUAUUUGAAAAAUGUUUAGAUGAAACUAGCAUCACAGUAUACAAUACUCGUUAUUGUAUAAAAAAAAAGAUUUCG